AGCUAAGGACCCUGGAACUCAACACCUCCCUCUGCAACUGGAUCCUGGACUUCCUGAUGGGCCGCCCCCAGUUGGUAAGGAUACAACGGAGUUACUUGUGAGGUACCACUCCAUUGGACAACUCCAUUCCAUGAAGACAACAGCAAAUCUGUCUGUGAUCUUACCCUGUUGUUACAUGGCACCACGUUCACACUUACAGAGUAGAAAUGAGUAAGUCUGGAGAGGUGGGAUAGAACACAGGAAUCAACUUGGAACACUGAAGACACUGAAGAAAGCUGUAGGAGACCUACUUGCUUAUAUUCUGAGCUACCCCCUGACUGACGAAUGGAGAACCACACGUACCCUAACCACGUUCUCCUCCUGGAGGGGUUAAAGGUCACACAACAGUCCUCGUACCCUGCCUUCAGCCUCUUCCUCAUUAUCUACAUCUUCACAAUGGUGACCAACAUCGGACUCAUAGUAUUGAUCUCCAUGGAGAGGAGCCUGCACCAGCCCAUGUACAUCCUCUUCUGCAACCUGCCUCUUAAUGACAUAGUCGGUGCUACAGCGAUGAUACCUCGUCUGUUAUGGGACAUUUUGACCGCAGCUCCUGAGCGUUAUAUCACUUACAUGGAGUGUGUCAUUCAGGCUUUCUAUACUCAUGUUUAUGCUACGACAUCACACACCGUUCUCAUGAUCAUGGCCUUUGACAGGUAUGUGGCCAUCUGCAACCCCCUGCGGUAUGCUACCAUCAUGACAAACAAAAUGGUUAUCAGGUUGUCUAUGUCUGCCUGGGGGGUGGCCAUAGUCUUAGUGGGGAUUCUGCUGGGCCUCACCAUCCGCCUGUCACGCUGCAGGUCUAACAUAUUUAACCCGUACUGCGACAACGCCUCCUUAUUCAAGCUCUCCUGUGAGAACGUGUUCAUAAAUAACAUAUAUGGCUUAAUCUUUACUGUUGUGCUGUUUGUCUCGUCCAUAGGCAGCAUCAGUCUCACCUAUCUCAAGAUCGCCAUUGUAUGUCUGAGCAGUAAAAACAGCUCUUUAAACAGCAAGGCCCUGACGACCUGCAGCACACACUUACUGGUCUACCUCAUCGUGCUGGGAUGUGGGUUUACCAUUAUCGUCCUCCACCGCUUCCCAGCCUUUGCAGACCUGCGCAAAGUGAGCAGUGUUCUGGGUAGUGUGGUCCCUACUUGUCUCAACCCCAUAAUAUAUGGUUUACAGACUAAAGAGAUUAAACAGAGGAUAUUUAGAGUGUUUCACAGAGCCAAGGUGUCCACAUGAUGUGUUAAAUCUGACAGGAAAAUAUAUGAUAUAUCAUAUGAUGAGAACUGUGUGUGGCAUUCAUGAAACAAGGGUGGGGUGUCUUCUCAGCCACCACCUGAGGGACCAGUUUUCUUGAAUUGGAUGCUAAAAUUAAUUGAAAACCAUGAUUUCUACAAUGAUAUUUCACAUUAAAAAUAUGUUUUAAAAUGUAUAACAUAUAGCCACCCUUGAAUGGUGUGUGGAUACUUUAUUUUACAGUGUGCUAUUUCCCUGAUAUUUAGAAAGAACAUUGUCAGAUUGUAGGUACACAAGAAAUCACCUAACGAUUACUCUUUGGUUUCUUUUAGAUUAAUUAAAAACAUGUAUAAUUACAAAACAUAUAGUACUGUGUAUCUGGUAGUCUGUACAAUGCAAAUUAACAGGAAUGUACAGGUGUAAUUAUUUUUGUGUUCCUUAUCAAUAAACUAUUAAAUCAAAUGUAUACAGUUGUGCAAUGUACAUCAUGAACCAAAUGGUGAACAAUAAUGUUGUUCGGUUUAGUUUCUAAGAGCGUUAAACAUUUAGUUUUUCUGCCUUCCCAAAAAACAAUCAAUAAUUGAAAGUAGUGACUUGGUAUUAUUUUGGAAUCUGAAAAUGAUUACCCUUUUUAGCCCAUACUAAACUAUUUUAAAAGUAGAGGCACAGAAGAGGAGCACUUCUUUGGUUUAUAGUUAAUCAAUGAUCUCCUUUAGUGUAAAACAUUUUUAAAAGCCUUUGUUGUUUUAAGGCUUAUGUUUGGCGAGAAUAAAAAACCACUGCGUUGCGGCUACAACAGCCUUCAUCCGGGUGACAAAGAAUAUUGUUGAACAAGCAGGUGUAUAUCCCAACUUUUACAGGAAGUGGUUCAAUUCAUUACCAUAUAUAUAUAUUAUUUAAUCUUUAUUUAACUAGGCAAGUCAGUUAAGAACAAAGAACAAAUUCUUAUUUACAAUGACGGCCUCCAUUUAAAAUGUAAAGGCAAAAAAAACUUUUUGGGAAAAAACACAUUAAAGAUACAGAGAUAAACAAAACAAACAUUGCAUAACGAGAAUACAACACCUCAAAAUAAAUGCUAAAUCAUAAAAGAAAAAUACAUACUGUGUACACAUGAGUUCAUGUUACCAAACUUAAAUAAGAAUGGAGAACAAAAAAAUUAGAACAGAAAGUAAAUCACAUAUAUCUUACAGGAAGGGUAAAUAAAAAAUUUCCUAAUUUAGACCCUGCAAUACAGUUGACUUAAUUUAAAGAUCCAGAACGUUUCAAGUUGUAGGAGCUGUUUGAGAUGGCCAUUGCUAUCAGAGAGUUUGGGCUGCCAUGGCCAGCAUGUCUGUAAUGUUUAGCCAUCGGAAACUUAUCGUUAGCAGUUCUAAUAGCAUAAGCAUGUUCAGACACCCUGUCCUUGAGACUUCUCUUAGUACGUCCUAUGGAAAAGAACCCACAUGGGCACUCCAGCCUGUACACCAUAUACAGUAGGUAGUGUUGCAGUUGACAAACGAUUGCACUUGGUAUUUGUUUUUACGAUAUGAUGGCAGUGAUUGCAGUUACCACAUGGGAAGUUAUUCUUCCUUCCUGUAAGAGAUAUGUGGUUUAUUUUUUGUUCAAUCUUUUUUUGUUUUCUGUAUCUCUGUAUCUUGAAUGUGUUUUUUCCCAAUUCUAUUACAUAUGGUAAUGAAUUGAGUCACUUCCUGUGAGAGUUGGCAUAUACACCUGUUAUAUACACCUGUUUCAAAGAUUUAGAUGCACUAUUGUAAAGUGGUUGUUCCACUGGAUAUUAUAAGGUGAAUGCACCAAUUUGUAAGUCGCUCUGGAUAAGAGCGUCUGCUAAAUGACUUAAAUGUAAAUGUUUCUCCACCGAUAGUCUUUAUCACCCUGAUGAAGGCUGUUGCAGCCGCAACACGUCUGUGGUUUUUG